AUGCAGGUACCGCGAGUCAUAAAGUACAGUCCUGACGGUGAGCGUCUCUUUGUUGGAUUCACCAACGGCCAUUGCAAACUCCUCGACGCCUCCGACCUCUCUGAGGUGGUAUUACUGAAUUCGAUUGUUAUUACUGUUGUUGGCGUUGUUGUUGGCGUUGUUGUUGUUGUUGUUGUUGUUGUUGUUGUUGUUGUUGCUGUUGUUGUUGUUGUUGUUGUUGUUGUUGUUGUUGUUGUUGUUGCUGUUGUUGUUGUCGUUGUUGUUGUUGUUGUUGUUGUCGUCCGAUGCCUACUUAAGGGUUAA